UACAACAAACUCUUGGUCUCUCUAGUUCUUAUAAGCAGUUGCUUGCAGCGCUUUAAGUCAAUUGCAAGAACUUGUAAAUUGUGUGAUUCCCUUAUCCAUACAAUUCCGUUAAUUGCUGACUGAAGACUGUAUAAAAUGUAUAAAAUCAAGAAUCUUUCUGUGGAUUAAGGAGUUUUAUUUUGAAGGAGACUGGUGUUUAUAGAUCACUGUGACAGUACAUUUAAGGUCUAUGCUAAAACGGCAAAAUCAGAAGGUAUUACUGCACUAGGAAUCGCGCAGUCCUUCGUUACGUCAAGGACAACGACACGACACGAACAUUUAAUGGUGUGGUCCAAGGCGGAGCUAUAUGGUUUCAACCCACUAGCCCUAUAAAGGAAUGAAAAUCUCCUAUUCCACUUGAGAUUGUUGCAACAUCUUCAGCAGUCUAGCCACAAAGUAAAAACCACGAAUUAUACAUUUCUCAGCGUUCCUACACAGAACUCUAGAAAAAUGUCUCAAAAACCUGGGAACUCGAAUCAAAAUUUAGAGCGCAUAGGGAAACUAAGCAUUGAUAAAUCACUAAGUCGUCCAUACAAAACCGGAGAAAAUCUCGCUACAUUUAAAACUCAAAUUUUCCACGGGAUUUUUGAAAACAAAACGAUGGUCUGUGUACGACGGUAUGAAACAGCCAGUUCGAAUCAUUCGUUAACAAAAGAACCAGGCCCAGAAGAAGGUCGACCGAUUAUUAAUCCAAUCGAAAGAGACAUCAACGUCCUUCAAGAACCAAAACAUCUUCACGAAAAUUUUAUUCGUUAUUUUUGCAGCGAAGAAGAUGGUGAAUUUACCUAUGUCGCCACGGAGUGGUGCAUCUGUUCCGUGGAAGACCUCUACGAAGGUAAUAAAGGAACCAACUUUGCGAAUGAAAAGAUUUACACGGAAUUAAUAAAGAAAUCACUGGGAGAAAAAGAAAUAUUACGACAAGCCACCGAAGGAGUUGCAUUUUUACAUGCGCUGGGGUUUGUCCACCGAAACCUCAAGCCCAGUAACUUUAUGAUCGCCCAGCUUCAACAGUUUCGAUGCGACCGAUUUCGAUACUUGGUCAAACUGUCGGAUUUUCGUAUGAGCAAAAAUCCGGUUGAACGUCCCAGUGUUUCCGGUACUACAGGGUCGAAGGGAUGGACCUACCCGGAUCCGGCAGCACUUCGUACCGAAGUAGAUUCUUCGACCUACCAAUGCGGCGAUGUAUUUAUUCUGGGUUGCUUUUUCCAUUACGUUUUAACCAAUGGCAAACAUCCAUUCGACGAUAACAGCAACACUCGUGGGAAUAACAUCAAUGAUUCUAAAUAUUUUGUGUAUCGCGAUAACUGGAAUCCAAACAUUGAAAAAGAAGCCAUCGCUCUUCUAAAGGAUAUGAUUAAAUUUCAGCUGAAAGAUAUAUGCACUCUAGAGGAGGUCUUCACAUCACGCUAUUUUUCACCGGUUAAUUUUUACCAGCUCUACGAUCUGCCUCUGCCGAUAGUUAAACCGGGGCUGUGCGUCAUAAUCAACCAGGAGAUUUUCGAAACUGAAGGCAAUAAUCGCACUGGAACUAAUUUCGACGAAAAUUCUUUGAAAGAUGUAUUUACGCAAUUGGGAUUUGACGUGAGAAUUUUCAAGGAUUUGAAAGCCAAGGAUCUUUGUUACUGCGUCCAAGAUUUGGCCAAGCAAGAUUUCUCUUCUUACGCCAGUCUUGUUGUUUGCAUCCUGUCACAUGGAGAUGAGGGUGUCGUUGAAGGAGUCGAUGGUGAAAGCAUUAAGAUCAAUGAACUCAAGUAUAAAUUCAACAGCAAUGACUGCCCCACUCUAAACGGCAAGCCCAAAAUUUGGAUCAUACAAGCCUGCCAGGGUAAUGAAAUUCAAUACCCCAUACAAGCAAAGGAUUCACAUGGCUACACAUCCUCCGAGUCAGAUAGCGGUAAUAUCGUUCCACAUCCACACGAGUUUUAUGAAAUGCCUGUUCCGAUUAAGAAGCCGAAAGUAGGAAUACCGGAAGACAAAACGGCUUGUUUGAAACAAAAGAUCAAGACUAUUACUAUGUCAGAAGAGAACAAGAAAAGACCACCUUUGAUGGAUUUUCUUGAUAUAAGAGCUUCUAUUUCUGGUUAUCCAUCAUUUCGAGGCCCAAAGUUUGUCUGCUGUGAUUGUUUAUUUUCAUAAUGCAGGAUCAUACCUGAUUUAUUACCUGUGCCGUGAAUUGACAAACGAAUAUUUGAACCAGGAUCAAACGAAACCAAACCAGGAAAAAAAAUCACUUGAAGAUAUCCUCAAAAGCGUGCAAAACCACAUUACUGCUGAAAAGAUUUAUAUGAAGUUAAAUCCCAAUGAUACGGAAGGGGUUGAAGUGAAGCAGACUAUCGAAUGGAGAGCGUCUUUGAGUGACAAGAUUCCAUUAAAAAAAGCCGAUAUUCCCGGAACAGUGACCAACAUUUCCAUUUCAACACCAGAACCCCCACAACCGCCGGAUAAUAUAUUGACACCCUUUAAAUCAUUUCUAAAAAAUACCUUUUUUUCAAAGGGAAAUUGAAUUGACCAAUUCACAGGGGGCGGUACCACCCAGAACAUUAAAAAAGUUUGUGUGGUUUUUAGACAUACUGAAAAAAGCAUUGAAAUAUAUUUUUUUGCUACUUUGGUGUUUUGCGAUUAGCCUAUAUUUUCUUUUUCCUUUUGUCUACGUGCCUUACUGCACUAAAAUCGGGUAUAAUUUUUGAAAAUAAACUUUUCCAUAGUUCUUACUGCUAGUGAUAGAUGGGGUGUGGGGAAAUUACACUUGAAAAUUCUUAUUGAUAUUCAAAUCUGAUAAAUGGGAAUAGGUGUGAAUAAAUAAAAUUUGGUCAACAAAGUCAAGACAAACAUAAAAUUAAAAAAAAAAUGACCAGAAGUCGAUAAUGCGAAUUGGAUUUGGUGAAAUAAAAUCAUUUUACUAUUA